UCCACUCUUCUCCUGAAAACACAGAAUGAAUAUACAUGUUACUUAGGAUGCAAAUAGAUAGAAUUCGCCCUUGGACAUGUUAUUUAGCUUCUCCGUGUUGUGAGGAAAAGAAGAGAGUUAGCAUUCAAUCAAUAGAAAGCCACAAGUAGAAUAAAAUACAUCAAAAGCUUUCUUCCAGAUUGAAGAAAGAAUUGCCUCCCCGACAAAACCAUGCUUGCUCUGUCUUACGCGUCAAGGAAGGCACCGGCUUUGUAAAUAAAACUCUUAUAUGGUAGAUUUUAUAAAAAUAAUUACAAAUGUAUGAACGAGAUUCAAAGUAAUUCUCUGAAAAAAAAAACUAAAAUUAAGUAGAGAAAGAAAGUAAGAUAGAUGUUUUAAUAUUAAAUAUUGUUUGCUUAUUAAAAAUAGAGAUAGAGAAAAAAUUUAGUUACCUUAAAAUGUCACAUUAUUAUGAUACAUAAGAGAUUAGAGAAAAUACAUGGACAAAAAGAAAGCAAAGAAAAUGAUACCUCUUAAUUAGCCUUAACAAGCUCUUUUAUAUAUACAAAUAUAAUAGUAAUAUGUUAUCUUUUUGAUAAAAUAAUAUACAUUUAAUAAUUAAUAUAAUUUGUUAAUAAAAUAGAUAUAUAUUUGUCAUCUAAAUUUUAAAUCUUCCCCUCCUCAACUUUCUUUUCCAAUUUGGAAUAAUGAAAUUUGGGGGCAUUUUCUGUCAUAGUAAACAAGAUCAGCUUUUCCAUCACUCCAACAUUAACAUAUAUGCUUUGCUUCCGGUAAUGGGCGAGAGAAGAGAAAAAGCUUCUCUUCCUCUAAAUUCUUCUUCAGUCUGUCUCCCUUUUCCGUCCACUUCUGUAUCUUAUUUUUCCGUCGAUGGCAGUCGAUGCGGUCCCGUCCACCACCGCCGCGCCUGUUGGCGGCGUAACCAACUCCUGCCACUUCCAUAAAUAGCUUUUCGUACUGCACCCCUUCAUCUCUUCUCUCGAAGGCAACCAUCCCUUCCAUUUCCCCCCUUUGAUCUCGGAGGUAAAUCUCAUGUUUGGACGUCGUUCUACUCGGUAGAGAUCGAGAACGAUGUGCGCUUUUUUUACCCGAGCAUUGCUAAUGGUCUUUGGCUAUGUUUACCCCGCUUACGACUGCUACAAGACGGUAGAACUCAAUAGGCCAGAGAUUGAGCAAUUGCGAUUCUGGUGUCAAUACUGGAUAUUAGUUGCCAUACUAUCAGUGAUAGAGAGAAUUGGCGACACCUUUAUUUCUUGGUUUCCAAUGUACAGUGAAGCAAAACUAGCAUUUUAUAUAUAUUUGUGGUAUCCUAAAACAAAGGGAACAACAUACAUCUAUCAAAACUUCCUUCAACCCUUUAUUGCAAAGCAUGAAACUGAGAUUGAUCGUACUUUGCUGGAGUUUAAAACAAGGGCCGGGGAUGUAAUGGUACAGUUUUGGCAGAAGGCGGCAAAGUAUGGCCAGACAAGGUUCUCUGAAAUCCUGCAUUACCUGGCUUCACAGUCACAAUCACCACGAAAACAUACUGUUCAGCUUGGACUUUCUCAACAAGGAUCAAUGGCGCUGCCAAACCCUAUCAAAAUCAAUGUGCAAGAGAAGUCCAUGGAAGAUCUGUCUACAUCACGGUCCACUGGUGUUCGUUCUCAAGCCCAGCGACAAACUUGUCAAGCAGCAGCUUUGGGAACCAACACCCAUCAGCCACAUGCUGGAGGCAAAGCAGCAGCGAUGGAGGUUGUCAUAGCUUCUACUCCAGGUAAUGAAGUAAUGGCAAAUGAUGUGGGGAAACAUACUAAUGGCUCGCGUAGAGUUAAGAAAAAAACAGGAUAAUAUUGCUUAGUGUUGUCUUUAUUUCUAUUCUCUACUUGCAUUUAUAUAGUUAACACUGCUGAAGGAAAGCGUUGAUUGUAAAUACUCUUGUAAUAAAUGAACAUGACAUUAAAUUCCUUUCA